AUGUCUAAGUUUGAACCCCCAGUUCAAGAAAAUCUUAUGCAAAAUUACCUUGAGUUACCUGGAAAAACAUGCCAUGAACUUGCUGAUGUAUACCGUCCCAUCAGGUAUGCUACAGAGGAAAUUCGACAUAAAUCCAGUGACUACCCUCAUAGAGUUGCAAAAUAUCCAGAAAACAGAAAUCGAAACAGAUACAGAGAUGUUAGUCCGUAUGAUCAUAGUCGUGUAAAACUGCAGAAUACUGAGAAUGACUAUAUCAAUGCCAGCCUAGUGGUCAUAGAAGAAGCCCAGAGAUACUAUAUUUUAACGCAGGGUCCACUACCUAAUACAUGUUGUCAUUUCUGGCUAAUGGUGUGGCAACAGCAAACCAAAGCAGUUGUUAUGCUGAACAGAACUGUUGAAAAAGAAUCGGUGAAGUGUGCACAAUACUGGCCAACAAAAGAAGAGGAAGUUAUGACAUUCAGUGAAACAGGUUUCUGUGUGAGGCUAGUAUCUGAAGACGUCAAAUCCUAUUACACAGUACAUCUACUGCAAUUAGAAAAUAUCAACAGUGGUGAGUCCAGGAUGAUCUUUCAUUUUCAUUAUACAACAUGGCCAGACUUUGGAGUUCCUGAAUCCCCAGCUUCAUUCCUGAACUUCCUGUUUAAAGUCAGAGAGUCUGGUUCACUAAGUCCUGAACACGGACCUGCAGUAGUUCACUGCAGUGCAGGGAUAGGACGUUCCGGCACGUUUUCUUUAGUAGACACUUGUCUUGUUCUGAUGGAGAAAAAAGACCCAUUUUCUGUAGAUAUUAAGAAGGUAUUACUGGAUAUGAGAAAAUAUCGGAUGGGACUUAUUCAGACUCCUGAUCAACUAAGAUUUUCAUAUAUGGCUGUAAUAGAAGGAGCAAAAUUUAUAAUGGGGGAUUCAACUAUACAGAAACGGUGGAAAGAGCUCUCUAAGGAGGACCAAGCACCAAGUUCUGAGCAGUCUCCUCCACAUCCAACAAAAAUAACCACAGAGAAGUACAAUGGGAACAGCAUAGGCCUGGAGAACAAAGAUCAAAUGGAGAAAAUAAAUACUGACCUGGCCACUAAAGUUCAAGAUAUCACAGAUGGAAACAUUGAAAGUACUGUCCGAAAACGACUGCGAGAGGAUAGAAAAGCAAACACAGCACAGAAGCUGCAGCAGAUGAAGCAGAAGCUAAAUGAGACUGAAAGAAAAAGAAAAAGGCCGAGACUGACUGACACCUAAGCCUUCAAGACUUGUGAAUAUUCUGCAGCUAUAAACUGCAAAUUAUUGACAUGCAAAGCGAGACAUGAACCCCUCUUCGGGAACAAAAAGUGAGGUCUGUUAAGUACCAAGAAGACCUCAGUUAUCUGUUUACAGCGUAAACUGCAUCGAGGGGAUGAAGACCACCAGCAGCGUGCCACUUUGCAAAACAAAAUAAUUUGCCAUCUUGUGUUUUUAUAAUGCCGGUAUUACUGUAGAAAGAUGUAAAAGAAAUAAAUUAGGAAAUAUUUUGUUUUGUACUGCCAUUCUUAUUGUAUUUUUAUACUUUUUGGCAGCAUUAAAUAUUUUUUUAAAUUGACAAUACACGGUUGUGUGCGCAUUAUGUUAGGCAGAAACUGUUAAGAGCCUGUUUUGUGGAAAAUGUUUUACCUUAAGGUUUCCUGCUAUACUGUCUUAACUGGAAAAUGGCAAAAAGAUUAGAAUGUGCUUUAUGCAAAUAUUUUAAUUGAUGCUGAGUAUUGUAGUUUGAGCUAGGAGGAACUCUUGCACAUUUCUUUUGUAAUACACCACUAAGAAUAUUAUUUUAUUAAUCUGACCAGUUGGUUUGUUAAUCCUUCUGAUGUUUGCUACGAAAUAUGCACAAGAGAGUCACUUUGUGAAAGGAAGGUGUUUUGUUGGUGAUGUUUUAAAGGAGGGGAACAGUGGGAAAGCUGACCUCUCACUGCCCAUGGUCAUACAUAAUUAACGGAUGCUGAGGGCCAGGUGCAAAGCGCACAACGUCAGUGGUGUCUCUAAUUAAAUGGGUUUUGGACUGUGCCAUUGCAGUGUGUUGUAUGUAUGGUAUUUUACUUCACUUCUCCCCUCUUGUCACCUUUCUCCUGCCAGUCUGCGCAGCAGGAUUGGAAGGGGGCAGGCUGGAAUGGUGCUUACGGGACUCAACAGGGUUUCCAGCCCUGCGCCUGCUGUAACAGCUGAUCUCAACUCUGUGCUUGCUGAUGUUCUUCAACAGUUUCAGAUAAACCUUAAUUCACCAAAAACCUAUCUUUAACAUGAUUGUCUAAACUACAACGUGGUGGGGUUUUAUAUGUAAUUUGUACUCUGCAUAUUUUUGUAUCAGGUUUUGUACAAAUUAUAGAGUUGCUGCAAGUAAAGCAUGGAAGAGGGGGGAUGUCUAGGCCACUUAAGGCAGAUUUUGCUGAAAUAAGCAGUAACCUGAAAUCCUAACUUGGUUUCGAGGCUCAUUCAUGAAGGCAACUGUACUCGGAGUUGUGUUUAACUUGAAGGUGAAGCUGAAUCAAGGCACUACUUAAUGACAUUACUUGAGCUAAGUAUUGUGCUUGGCACUAUCUUGAAAUAGUUUAAAUCACCAGAGUCUGGUUUGCCUAAGUAUUUUAAUUUCUUUAUAUGUUUAGUAUUGUUCCUAGCCUAUGCUGGAGGAGAAAAUGACAUCACAGCUUGCUUCAGCUUUCAUUUUUAAGUUGGUGCAGCUGUGAGACCAGGAGUGUUUAUAUGGGACAUCAUGGUCUGUCAAAACGACUGCAAUAAACCCUCUUGUUCCAGUACAGGAAUGGAGCCUGUCUAUGCCGAUUGAUAUGUCUUCAAUGCAGCAGUUCAUGCCUUUUAGCCAUGAUUUAGGGUUUCAUUAUGUUUGUCCUUUUGGAAUUGAGAAUAAGCAUAAGGUGUAUGACUACUGGAGAUGUGCACAUGCUUCACUUGUUUUAUUUGCUGCUAAUGAUCAAAUAUGUGACUAAUUUGUGUUAUCCGGUGGGGUGUAGAGAGCUAAAUGUACUUUGACCCUUGUUGCAGAGUGGACUCAUCAAAAUGCUGGUAGCUCUUGUUUUUAAAAUAGUUUUCAUCUUCUGAGCUGCUGGACUAACUUUGGCAGCGUACCGAUGAAUAGGCAAAGGGGAUUAAAGAUGGAGUAGUUUCACGCACUGAGCUUUGUCAGGUUUUAUUGAGGGCUGCCUUGUGACAGCAGAAGUCAGCUCACUGGCGCAGGGACUCCUGACAUAUGCACUUGUUUUGUUAUUUCUACACAAAGCCACAAUUCUUGACUGCUACUGGGAGUGUAUUUUAAAAGGUGAAGGAAAGGGAGAGGCUGAUUUCUGAAACAAAUGACAAUGGAGCAUGUAAUUGCAGCCUUGAAAGAAAUGGGGUUAGAAGAAUCAUAGACUUGCAGAUUUUUAAAUGAAAAAGCUAUAAUUUACUGGCUGCCAUAUUUUUUUUUUUCCAUCCUCAGGAGCAAUGUUGCAGAGGUACGUGCUUUGUGGUUUUGCUAGUCAUCUUAACAGGAGGAUGAAACUGUGACCUUGUUCUGCAGCAAGGUUUUGGUAUAUGAAGGGGCAGGCAGGCAAGGAGGGUGCAGCAGUCAGGCUGUGUUAGGGUAAGUGCUUAGGAGUUGUAGUUAAGCAUCAGAUAGCAGAUACCACAAUUCAGACCUGGAUUUUUUAAAUAAUGAGCAUUGCUCUGGGGAAUCUUAAAUUUUUUUUUCUGCCACAGGGCUAUUUUUCA